CCGACGACUGCCGAGUCCCGCUGGACUUUUUCCACACGCUGUGCGGACCCCCGUACGGGCGUUGGUGCGGUCCGCUCGGGGACAUGUUCGUGUACCUGCCAGAUGUGUUCGAUGACGGCGGCGCCUGCGGGUUCUCCUGGUGUACUUCCGGGGCAAAAGAGCACGACAAGUUCGCCCUUUGUGCAGUCGCCGUGGGUGACUGUGCGAGCAGUUUCUGCUCCAACGGCAGCACCUGCCUGGACCUGACGUACGGACACACCUGUUUGUGCGCACCUGGGUUCGGCGGCAACUUCUGUGAAACAGAUCUUGAUGAAUGCAGCAGCGCCCCCUGUCAGAAUAACGCUACAUGUCAGGACGGAGUGAACAGCUUCACAUGUCAGUGUGCAGCUGGUUACACCGGACCCUCUUGUGAAAUAGACAUUGACGAAUGUGUCAGUACUCCAUGCUGGGCCCGUGGGACGUGUGUGGAUCGGGUAGACGGCUACAGCUGUGUCUGUCCGAAAGGUUUCUCUGGAGAGAGGUGCGAAACAGUCAUGUAUGCCGACGGCUGCCUGCUGUUCUCCUCCGAUGCCGUGUCCUAUCCCGAAGCGAGCCAGGAGUGCCAGACCAGGGGAGGGCACCUGGUGGAUGUGAAGGAGGCCGAGCUGCAGCGGCUCAUCGCUGACUCCAUCCCUGCCGGAAGUGACGUGUCCCCGUGGAUCGGACUCAAGCUGUCGCCGGGGGUGAUGACAUAUGAUGACGGGACCAGUGUUUCCGAUCAGCUGGAAUGGUCUGCCGGUGAACCUGACACCUCCUGUGACCUGUGUGCUUACCUGGACAGCGCAGAUGGUCAUCGGGCUAAAACCGCCUCCUGUACUGAACGACAUCACUACGUUUGCCAGUCUGAAAUUGACGAGUGUUCCUCGGAGCCUUGUGCGAACGGCGGAAUCUGUCUGGACGGUUUGAACUCCUACCGCUGUUUCUGCCAGUUUGGGUACGCAGGGAACAACUGCCAAACAGACCUUGACCUGUGCGCCAUGGUUUCCUGUCCGUCCGACUGGCAGUGUCAGGACGAAGCGGACAGCGCUAGUUAUGACCCGUGCAGCAGCGCCUCCUGUCCAAGGAACAUGUACUGCAAGAAGGAGGGGCCGGCAUCUUUCUCGUGCAGAGCCGGGUGACUCCCCAUGCAGGCUGGCUUAUGUUCCGUUAUAAUGGGAA